AAAUUUUUUACUUUAAUGUACUUAUUGUUUUUUUUCUUCCCUUCAUUACUUAGGUAUUUUGAACACUUCGGUUCCAGGGUAAAUUUGGAUUCAGGCUGUCUAUCUUAUCCUUAUUCUAAUUUAGCUGCUGGUUCAUACAUUACUAGAAAUUAUUCUGCAGCUUUCAAAAUGAAUUUCAAGAAAGUUCCAUCUGUACUUUGGCAGUAUUUAAUUUUUAAUGAUGGUUCCCAUUUUGAAUACCCUUCCUUCCAUCAAAGUUGCAAUGGAAAUGAGCAGAAAUCAGAUAGGCAUAGGCAAGUGUUUCAAGACACCUUGAAAGUACAAACAAAAUAUGCUAUCAUCGUUAUUGAUCAGGGCAAUUCAUUGAGUUUUUCGCAGUUUGUGAGUGCCAAAAUUAUUGGAAAGCAUAUAUUGGGACUUUUGUCUUCACACGAUAAAGUUAUAAUUAUGGGUUUAGCCUCAGAUAUUCAGUAUGCUCAAGGAAACAGCUGUUCAGGAACAACUCCAUUAUUGGCUACUUUUGAAACUAAAUUAGUGUUGAUGAGAUUCUUUGAUAGUUUAUCAAGAAAACCUAAUAUUACAGAUCAUGUGCUGGCAUUUCAAAGGAUAUAUGAUGUUAUUCGUGCAAUUGAUGCAGACAACACUUCUAUUAACAAUGAAAUAUUGGUAUCUUAUAUAAGCAGAGGUUUACUAUCUUCACUCACUGAUGCCAGGAAAGUUCUUGAAAUUAUUUCGAAUGGAAACCAAAUAUCAAAGAGUCACAUUGUUAUCAACACUUACGCCCUCAUUGAUGAUAAUAGACCCGUGAUGUACGAAAAGGAUUUUCUUGAAGAUGUUGCUGAGCAAAAUUACAGAAAAUACAACAUAAGACAUAAAGCCUUGCAGAAAAUUCAGAGAGGAGUAAUGGUACCAGUCAAUACCACAAAAGAUAUAAGUUUAACUAUCGGAGAUAUUUUCAAAGAUUUUCCCAGGCAUAUGUCUCCUCGUAUCCUUUUCUCUCUCCCAUAUUAUGACCCUAUCAGUAAAGGUAUGGUGAUUAGUUUAUCACAACAGAUACUUCCUAAUGGAAUUAUGAGAGGAUUAACUGGUGUUGACAUUUCUUUAAGUGAUAUUGCUGAAGAAAUCUCUUAUUUCCAAAAUUCAGACACAUUUUAUGUGUUUCUUCUGGAUGAAUCUGGUGUUGCAAUUGCACAUCCAUCAUUUAGCCACCCAACCUAUGCAAGUUGGCAUCAUAUUCACACUUAUAUUUGGCACCUGGAAGACAAGAAUGGAUUCGAAAUAAACUAUAAUGCUAUUUUAAGAGAACCUAGUGGGAAACAAGUUGUGUCCUUCAAUCCACCUAAAAAGGUUAUGAUAAAAGAUGGUUCUUUGGUUGAGAAAGUUGCAAUAUUUAGCUGGAAAAAGAUUGAAAGAUCACCUUAUAUUGUGGUUGUGGUAUCCUUUGAACCAACUCCUCCUCAGAAGACUUUAAAAAAUAACAUCAUUUCAGACUCUGUCAACUUUUCAUAUCAUCGUAUCGAUAUUCUUCCCACCUCCAACACAUGUAGACAUAUGAAACAAUUAUCUUCUCUAGGUACUAUGGGAGCUUUCCUAUCUGCAUCAUGCUUUGUCUCACCCUAUAACUAUUUGACUGAAGAUGAAAGCUUGCUAAAAAUAUUUAGCUAUAUGGCAUAUUUCAAAGAUCCUGAUCGUAACCUGCCAAAUCCUGGAUUUAAGCCUGGUAUAAGAAGUGAAAUUCUUGCUUUAACUCAGAUUACACCGGCCUGGCAAGAUGCUUUACAUCAUGAUGAGUUUUCAGAUUAUAUUGUGCGAAGAUUUAUCGCAACAUCCUCAGGAGUAUUCCUGGUUUAUCCUGCAACUUUAAUAGAUAAGUCCUUUGAUCCAACAAGGCGUGACUGGUACAUUAGGGCUUUAGAGCACCCUGGUAAAAUUAUUCUCACUUCUCCAUAUUUGGAUGUUGGUGGAGCCGGGUACAUCAUAACUCUGAGUCUCACAAUUUUCGAAGGAAAGCCUACUGCUCUGCAUACUUCAUCUGAUAAUGUUGUUGCUGUGAUGGGAUUGGAUUUCUCUUUUGGUUACUUUUAUAAGUUCCUUGUUGAAAAACUGCCAGUUUGCCAGCAGGACCAUAUGAUUUGCUUUUUGUUGGAUGACAAAGGAUACCUUGUGGCUCAUCCUGAUUUGAUAGAUCCAAGUGGGCGUGGCCCAGUUGAACAGCAACAUAUUACUCACAAAGAACCAUUGGUGGCAAAUGACAUGCUGAAUCACAGAAAUUUGGUGACAAAGAAAAUAUGCGCUAGCUACAGUGAUAGAACUAUUCAAAGAUUUUAUCAGCUGAACACCAGCUUGGACACAAUUCUUUCCAACUUUGUACCUGGUGAACAAUGCACUAAAUAUCAGGUCAUGCACAUUCAUAGCACAAAUAUCUUUCUUGGAAUUGUCAAUCAAACUUGCGAUGGAAUCACUGCAUUUUGUCCUUGUAGUAUGACUGAUAGACUGUGCCUGAAUUGCCAUAGAAUGGAACCCACAGAAUGUGAGUGUCCCUGUGAAUGUCCUUUGAAACUAGAUGUGUGUAGUGGAGAUUUAGAUACGGAUAAUAAUCGGUUUGAAACGUGUCCUCACUUUCCGGAAAUGCCAAAUUUACCAAUUGUAAACAAAAAACUACUGGAAAGCCUAAAGCCUUGUUAUGAUCAUCAUUGUGAAUCGAGAACUGAAUUAAGUGAGUGUUUAGGUAUUCUGGGCUGUGAGUGGUGCCAAUUAGAAUCUGAUGGUGUAACACCCCUAGCAGAAAAGUUUUGCACUGAGCAGAGGAGGUGUUUUGGCGGAGUUUUUGGAUCACGAACGCCUUAUUCAGAUGAAAUUGUUGAAGAGUUGCCUGAGGGUGAACUCCUAAUGCUUGCAGAUUCUAAUGUUGGACCCAUAACUGCCUUUUGCAUCGUGUGCCUUGUCAUUGUUAUUGGUAUGAUGUAUUUCUUCCGGAAAAGGAGAAAUUCUGGAGCUCCACACUAUGGGAUGUCUUCUCCUGACAAUUUUACAAUGGCUCACCUUAAAAAUGAAGCAGAUGAAGUGGAAUCUUACCACGAGCACAUUAAUCCUGUUGUUCCUAUGUGUCGUCAGCUAAUACCUGCUAUAGAACACGUUGCCUUUCCGUAUCGGGUGCCUACAAAUUACAGAAGACCAGCAGGUGGUGACAGUGAUCACGGUUACAGCACCAUGACACCUCACGAGGAUAAUGAACUAGCUCCUUACUUUGAGCCUCUUCUCCUUGAGAGACCUGACACCCUAGCCUCUCAGAACUCUCUCAGCAGCGACAGCUGCACCUCUUCCCCACUCUCUUAUGUACCAUCCACCGCUUGUUCCAUGUCACCAUCGGUCACCAAAAUAGAACUCCCUCCCUCCAAGGUGCACAAGAAAGACAUAGUGGUGAAAGGUAAAGGUGCAUUUAUGCUUGCUCAUGUUCAAGUGCAUAACGAGAAUGUGAGUUGAAAAUGUGUGUUCAGUUGUGCAUUAUGUAUUUAUAAGUGUAAAUAAUAAGUUCAUUAAGUGUAACAUGCUGGUUAUGUUACCUGCUUAUAGAUUGUGCAGUUUUUUCUUGUUGUGAGAAAUUUAGAGUUGUUAUCGUUUUGUUAUUAUAUAUCUGUGGUAUUUAAGGAAAACGAGGUAACUAACAUCUUUUGAAAUUGAGCUAUGUUGAAAAUGAUUAAAGUGUUCAAAUUUGGUAUUGACACAUGUCCCAGACUUUGCUUAUUCCACACAGGAAUUCUCAAGUGGUACUUGAAAAAAUAACUGAAAUACAAUUGUAAAUAAAUAAAUAAAAAAUUUCAUUUACUCGACUUUACAUUAAUUUGCAUUUUUAUACAUAUGAUUCAUUUAUUUACAUAUAUAGUAGUGGUCAAAAUUAUUUUAAAUGGGAUUUAAACAUCCUUUAAUUAAAAAGAAAUUUAUAAAUUAUGUUACAUCUAUAGAUAUAAAUAUGAAAUAGCCUGGAGAAUCUGUAAUGGUUGGCAGGUAUAUAUUUGUCCAGUAUUAAUAUUUAUUUGUCAAAUCACUAGGCAUUAGUACUGGUCUGUCCAAGAGGUACAAGAUAAUAAAAAUAUGACACGCAUGAAUUAUGCAUAAGAAUAUGUUUUAAAAAUGUUUCAACUCUUUUGUUUUUAAUGUUAAUUACCUUGUUAUUCCAAAAACAAAAAUCCUGUAGAUGUUUAUGAUGUGGCAACUAUAUAUACUUUUAUCUAGAUUGACAUGAAGUUCAGAUUUUAUUAAAAAGAUCUUAAUAUGAAUGACUCCCCUUUAUUUUUAUAAAUUAUGUUUAUAUAUCAAGUCCAAUCUUAAAACUUAAAUUAUUAUAUAAGUGAAGUAUUAAUACAUUUGUAAAGCUUUUAAUUCACUCUUUAUUCUUAUUUAUUUUCUUGACAUUCUACUAUGCAAAACUUAUUGCUUUGACUUGAAACUAGAAGUUUUUUCAUUUGAUUUUUUAAGCCGUAGCUAUACAUUAUACUGUUAUUUAUAUAUCUAUACAUAGUUGUAGAAUCUGUUUUAGGAUGAAAUCUGUUGUCUUCCGCUUAGCAAAGUGGAUUAAAAAUUCUUUUGAAUUAGCUCCUUGUGCCUUUUUAUUAUGGUCUGCUACUGUAAAAAUGUAUAUUUGUGAUGGUCUGCUUAACCUCAUUCUUCCUUAAGAGAAUGCAAUUCUACCAACUUCAUUUUUAUCCAAUGUUAUUUUUUUUUAAUACAAUUUUUCCAUCAUGAGACAAUUGUCUGAAUUAAUAUUGAAUAAUUGUCUCCUUAAUUGUUUUUUUUUUUUUUUUUUUUGUAUCUAUUAGUAAUUUGUUAUUCAAGAUUUUUUUUUAAUUUGUGAAUUAACGGUAGCAAGAAACCAAAAUGUUUGUGAAUAAUGAAAUAUAAAAUUAUUGUUUUUUGUAAUUAAAAUUGAUGUAGUUCUGAGAAUUUCUGACUUUUAUCCCAGCCUAAUGUAUUAAAUCAAAUAUUUAGAUUUUCUCUUAGAAUAGUGACUUGCUUUUUAUUUUUUUUAAACAUGACAUAAAUCAAAUCAUCUUUAUAAAAACAAAACUAAGCGCAAUUGCUGAGUGUGUAUUUGUCAAAAUAUAAGUUUUUGGUGUUUUUGAAAUUGUUUAAUCAUACUUAUUUCAAAUAGUUCAUCCAUUUUCGUUUUUAUGUCUUGAAUUUUUGUACAUGUGUUUUAAAGUCUUAGUAACUUAUUGAAUAUACAUUUAGAAUUAAAUUGGGGUGUAUUAGAUAUCACUUAAUUUUUUUUAGUUGGAAAUUCAGUAUUCUGCUGAUGAUCCAAUUUUUAAUCAAGGAAAAGUGUUACAAGCAUGUUAUUGCAACACACAAAUAAUAAAUAAUUGGCUUACAAACAAAUUUGAGGAUUAAGUUUAGCUUUAAACUAAAAUUUCUGAAAGAAAAUAUUUGUGUUACUACUAAAUAUAGUUUUAGACAAUGUAAAAAUGCUGAUUAGUGACUAAAAUAUGGUUAAUUAUUACUCUUUAUUUUAAGCAUCGCAUAUUUUUUAAAUAAAUGUAGACUGUUUUGUUUUUUUUAAUUUAAUGUUUAUGAUACUAAAAAAUGUUCGAGAUAAAAAAUAUAUUUUUGUAAUCUAAUAAGCUCCCUCAAGUUUUGUGUAUUCUGUAGUCAGUUCCCCCACCUUAUCUUAUUUUGUAUAGUGUAAAAAAUUAUAGUUUUUCUUUCUCGUAAGCUAAACUUUAAAUCAAUUUUUUACUGCCUUGUUUAGACCUCAACACAAGUACACCUCAUUUUUUAUAAGUUUUAUUAUGUGUUCUUUUUGCUGUUAUACUUCUGAGGUAAAUAACCUACACAAAUUUAUCGACAAAAUGAUCAAACUUAUAUAUAGAAGUUUGAGGUUCUUUUGUGGUAAAUCCAUAAAAGGAGUUUUUUUCAUUUGUAAGCAUAUUUUAUCACAUAUUUCAUAUGUAAAUAAUCAUUUUCAUUAAAAUCUGUUUUUACUAUUUUAUACUUACUUUUUUUUGUGUGUGCAUGUUUCUGUAGAUUAUGACAAAAUAUUCCCACAUGGUAAUCAUUUCAUCAAAUGAAAAAGCUCUAAGAACCUUGCAUUUAAAUCACUUGUUGUUGCAUUUACAUUAUUUAAAGUCUUGAAGCAAAAUGAAUUAAAAUUAGCUUGUACAUAGCACAUAAUUUAUCCUAGUUAUAAAAUUGUUUUGUAAAUAUAACUUAUUAAAAGAGUGAGUAAAAAUUUUGCAUGAGUUUUUAAGCAUUGGGUAAAACUAAAAAUUUUUUGUCAGAUUAUUUAAUGCAUUUUAAAAUUCAUUUAAAUCUAUUAUGAAUUGCUUUUACCGACUGUUAAUCAUUUCUGAUUGUGAUGUAAUAAUCAAGUAUAAAUUUUUUCAACUCUGUAGUGUUUUAUAAAUUGGCUAAUGUUUUCAUGAAUGAGCCCUUUGAAUAAAAAGUGAAAGAGAAGUGCAUUUAUUCUUCAAAUAAAAUGUACUAAAACAAAUAAAUAUAUGAAUUUCCCUUUAAGGAAUUCUUUCCAUUCGCCAAAUGUUCAUUCUGCCAGUCCAAUAUAUGGAAAACAUGUUUUUGUAUUAAAAAAUAGUUGAUUUACGAUAAUUCAAAACUAUGGGCUUUCCGAUAAUUUAAAUUAUGGGAAACUUUGACUUACCAUAAAUUCUGCUAAUUUGGCUUUCCUUGUUGGAGAACAUGUUUUUGUAUUAAACAAUCAAUCAGUUUGGGAAUUUAUGGGACAGAAGAAAACCUUGACCUGUCAAAAGGUGUUUUGGUUAUUUUUUAGUAAAAAUAAUUUUAAGCUGGAACGCAUUUACAUUUUUAAUCAUUUUAUUUAGCCAGAAUUUGGUGUUUAAAUUACAAAAUGAAAAGCGAUAAAAUUUAUAUCAAAUUUGCAUUGUACUUUUUUUUAUUUCCAAAUCUUAGCAAUAAAGCCGACAAUUACUCGUUUGCUACCCUUCUAAUCAGUAGUAUCUUUAAAACUACUAGUUUAGAAAGCAUUUAAAAAUGGCUUUUAAUUGGCAUUAUCUUUAAUUUUAAUUUCUUAGUAAAAUAAAGAUUUAGUUUUAUAUAUAACCAACUAAUUUUGUGGUAAGCUAUAAUUUAAAUAAUUGUUUAAAUAUUAGUCUAAAUAGCUUUCAUAAAAUCAAAAACUUUUCUUUAGAACCACUUUUAAUAAAACAGUUUUGUAGGAGUCACAGUCAUGAAAAUGUUUGCAAAAUUGUCUUUGAUUCCACAAAACUGCUUAUAUUUGAUAUGAUUCAGGAACAGUGAUCUAAUUCAAAAUAAGAAUUUUUUUUUUCCUUUAAUUUCCAUAUGUAUAAGCUGAAGUGUCUAAAAAUUGGAUUGUAAUUAAAAUUACUUAUUUGAUUUGAUCAGCAAAUUAACAUUUUGAAUGAUUACUUCGAAUAUUAUUCAACAAAAACUUGUAUAUAAAUUGUAAAAAAAUAAAUAAAUAAUAGGUUACUCAAGAUAGAGAAGUCAUAUUCUAUAUUAAAAAAGGAAACUUUUUAGAUUAGUAGUCUUGAAACUCCUUAACCAUCUAUGCAAUUGUUAACUAUUUAAAUCAUCUACUGCAUCUAUAUUAUAUCUGCUUGUUUGAAUUCUAAUUUUUUAUACUGUAAAUAAGAUUUUAUACCAGUGUAAAGUAAACAAAUGUAGCAGUAUUAAGCCAAACAUUUUUGUCUUUUUGUAAGAAUGAAACUAAUGUUUGUCUAAGUUUACUUAAUGUAUACAUUAUUUUAUUUUUUUUCCUUCUUUGAGUUUGGAGCGCUGACUGAACAAUUUGAAAUCUGUAUUAUAUUUAUGGCUGAUUUGUAUAAAAUUAGCUGUAUGCUUAUUAUAAUAAAAUAUAUUUUAUCAAAAUCA